AUGGGCGUGGGCGUCUGCGGCAUUUCAUCGAACACCCUAAGGGUGGUGUCGACGAGCCGCAGAGUGCGGCUUGGCGUCUCCGGCGUGGGCGUCGCGGCAGGGCACGGCAGCGGUGGGGCGUGGCGGGGCGUGCGAGCGUCGGGGCACGGCGGGGCGUGGCGAGGCGGCGUCGGCGGCGCCGGCGCCGGACACUACUGCGGCGCGCGUGCGAGCGGGGGAGGGAAGAAGGCCGGGAGGGAGCGGCGGACUUACCUGCGGAGCGCGGCGACGGCGACGGCGACGGCGUGGCUGCGGACGGCGGCGCGGCGUGGCUCGGACGGCGGCGCGGCGUGGCUCGGACGGCGGCGCGGCGUGGGUGCGGACGGCGGCGCGGCAAUUUCUCUCGUGCGUCGCGCGGGGGAUUCUGUCGAUUUGGGGAUUUUUUCGUCGCGCGCCUAA